CAGGACGGCAAGAGAACUGGUCCAAAAGACUUCCCCGUUCCCUCUACGGCGACCCGUAGCGUUAGCUUCGGAGCCGCUGUGGCACAGGAGCAACAUAAAUGUGCCUGCAAGUGGCGUUACCGCAGGAGAUGUUGCGGCUCCGCGGGCUCAGUCACCGGUGGUGGAGACCUUCGGCGCUUGGGAUCCCAGCAAAGAACCUUGGCCUUAGAAAGGUCGCUUCCGGCGUCUCUCCACCGGGCAGCCCCUCGCGCAGAGCUCUAAAUAUCUUCGACCGGGAUUUGAAGAGAAAACAGAAGAACUGGGCGGCCCGGCAGCCCGAGCCCAUGAAGUUUGACUACCUGAAGGAGGAGGUUGGAAGUCGGAUUGCAGACCGUGUAUAUGACAUAGCUAGAAAUUUUUCCCUUGCUUUGGAUGUUGGUUGUGGAAGAGGUUACAUAGCACAGCAUCUGAAUAAGGAAACCAUUGGAAAGUUCUUCCAAGUAGACAUUGCAGAAAAUGCUUUGAAAAAUGCCUUAGAAAUGGAAAUCCCUACUGUCAGUGUUUUAGCUGAUGAAGAGUUCCUUCCCUUCAGAGAAAAUACAUUCAACCUAGUGGUUAGCAGCUUAAGUUUACACUGGGUGAAUGACCUUCCUAGAGCACUUGAACAGAUUCAUUACGUUUUAAAACCAGAUGGAGUGUUUAUUGGUGCAAUGUUUGGAGGCGACACACUCUAUGAACUUCGGUGUUCACUACAGUUAGCGGAAACAGAAAGGGAAGGAGGAUUUUCUCCACAUGUUUCUCCUUUCACUGCUGUCAAUGAUCUAGGACAUCUGCUUGGGAGAGCUGGCUUUAAUACACUGACUGUGGAUACUGAUGAAAUUCAAGUUAACUAUCCUGGGAUGUUUGAAUUGAUGGAAGAUUUACAAGCUGAUGAAUGCAUGAAAAGUUUUGGAGGCUUUCACAGUGGUUUUAAGGUAUGGGUGAGAGUAACUGUGCUUGGAAUAGAAAAGCCCUGCUGCACCGAGACACGAUGCUGGCGGCUGCGGCAGUGUACGGAGAAAUGUAUGGAAAUGAGGAUGGUUCAGUACCUGCCACAUAUCAAAUCUAUUACAUGAUAGGAUGGAAAUAUCAUGAUUCACAGGCAAGACCAGCUGAAAGAGGUUCAGCAACUGUGUCAUUUGGAGAGCUGGGAAAAAUAAGCAAUCUUAUGUCACAGGAGAAAAAAUCACAAUA